AGAAACCCUGGCAUCGAGCAAAAAUGUCCGACAAAACCCCCUUCGAAACAGAUAUGCUAACUCUCACGCGAUUCGUUAUGGAGAAGGGACGCCGUGUUAAAGGAGCAACGGGGGAGCUGACACAGCUGCUCAACUCCAUGCUGACUGCCAUAAAGGCCAUUUCCUCUGCAGUCAGAAAGGCAGGCCUUGCCCACAUGUUCGGUAUAGCUGGCACUGUGAACGUGACCGGGGACGAAGUGAAGAAGCUGGACGUACUAUCCAACUCCCUGGUGAUUAAUAUGCUGCAGUCCUCCUACAGCACCUGCGUCCUGGUCUCGGAGGAGAACAAAGAGGCCAUCGUCACCCCCAAGGACAAGCGGGGUAAAUAUGUGGUGUGCUUUGACCCCCUUGACGGUUCAUCCAAUAUAGACUGCUUGGCACCAAUAGGAACGAUAUUUGCUAUCUACAAGAAGGAAACAGAUGAUGAGCCCUCUGAAAAAGAUGCUUUGCAGCCUGGACGCCGUAUUGUUGCUGCAGGCUAUGCCUUGUAUGGGAGUGCUACACUGGUUGCCCUCUCCACAGGGCAAGGAGUGGACUGUUUCAUGCUCGAUCCGGGUCUUGGUGAAUUUAUUUUGGUUGACAAAGAUAUUAAAAUCAAGAAGAAAGGAAAGGUAUAUAGUCUGAAUGAAGGUUAUGCAAAGUAUUUUGAUCCUGCAAUGACGGAAUAUUUACAAAAGAAGAAAUUCCCUGAGGAUGGCAGUUCCCCAUAUGGUGCCAGGUAUGUGGGCUCCAUGGUAGCUGAUGUUCACCGUACGUUGAUGUAUGGUGGGAUCUUCAUGUAUCCUGCUAAUCAGAAGAGUCCUAAAGGAAAGCUCCGACUCCUCUAUGAGUGCAAUCCUAUGGCUUUCAUCAUUGAGCAGGCAGGUGGGAUGGCAACUACAGGGACUGAGGCAGUGUUGGAUGUGAAACCUGAGAGUCUUCACCAGAGAGUCCCUCUCAUCCUUGGUUCUCCAGAUGAUGUGCAAGAAUACCUCACUUGUGUACAGAAACAUCGGAAGAGCAGUUAA